AUGCACUACCAGCAGCAGCAAAGGCAGCAGCAGCAGCAACAAGAGCAGCAGCAGCAGCAACAAGAGCAGCAGCAGCAGCAACAAGAGCAGCAGCAGCAGCAGCAAGCGCAGCGGCAGCAGCAAGCGCACCGUUUUCAGCAGCAGCCGCCACAGCAUCAGCACCAGCAUCCGCACCACCAUCAGCAGCAGCAGCACCACAAUCAGCAGCAGCAGCAGCAGCAGCAGCAGCAGCAGCAGCAGCAGCAGGAGUUUACCCGGGGCAGUGUGGGCAAUGAGGGGCCCACGAGGGCGGGCUCACGCGCACCUGCGCAGCAGCAGCAGCAGCAGCAGCAGCAGCAGCAGCGGCAGCAGCAGCAGCAGCAGCAGCAGCGGCAGCAGCAGCAGCAGCAGCGGCAAAAGAGACAAAAUGGUAUUUAA